AUGGUUAAAACCGCUGGUAAGUGUUGUAAGUUUCUGGUUAUUUUACUGUGUACAUUAUACAUUGGCCCUAUUGCUAUUCGAUCUCAAGCACCUGCGCCCCCACAAUGGUCUUUAGUUUGGAUGACAAGUGGUAGUUCACUUAAUCAAUAUAAUAACCAAACAACAGGUGCACAAAUCUUUUAUGAUUGGAGACAACGAUCACAAGCUAUUAAUUUGAUGCGAGAAGGCUCCUACACGUAUACGAUAUUUAACAUUGAAAAUACUGUUUAG